AACACUCCUACACCGCAACAGUAGUUGGUGAACCGUAAUGCUUCGGAGGAGUCUUGCAGAAAAAUGCUUUCCAAUCUGGUUGGUCAGUUCUGUCUUUGAGUGCGAAUUAGACGGUUUGUUUAGGAAAGUGUUUAGCACCACCACAUCAACCACCACCAUAGGCAAGCGGCGGGGGCUGCAAAUCAGUUCAGUUACUUGGCCUGUUAAGGCAUCCAACGGCCCUAAGGUAUCAAUGUUAAUGAACCAACUCAUCUGAUAAGGCACACGCACGCACUCUACAGUAGCCUGACAAAACACUCAGAACGCAACGGGCCGUGGAAAACUAAUCGAUCAUAAUGGACCUCCCAAUAAUGGGCCAGGUGGAAACGUUUGCUAGUCGUUUUCGUUCAUCAGUCGCCGCCGGCAACAUGAGCAACGCACAUGGUGGUGGUGGUGCAAAAACCAUGGAAUGCGACCUGAACAACAACGUUGGAAAAAUAAUUUCUCCCGAGCUGGAAGUUUCCGAACCGUACGAGAUUCGACCGUUUUUCGAUGGAAAAAACAUCUUCGUAACCGGCGGUACGGGGUUUUUGGGCAAAGUGUUAAUCGAAAAGCUGUUACGAAGUUGCGAUGGGAUAAAACACAUCUACGUCCUGUUGCGACCGAAGCGUGGACUAACCAGUGAACAGCGCUAUCGAGAGUUCGUCAAGCACCCGGUCUUCGACAGAAUCCGAGCGAAGAUGCCAUACGUGCUGGAAAAGAUGGUCUACAUCGGUGGCGAUAUAACGCUACCGCUUUUGGGACUUUCGGAGAAAGAUAUGCAACUGUUGAUAGAAAGUGUGAACAUCGUAUUCCACGUGGCUGCUACCGUUCGUUUCAACGAAGGCUUGAAGGAAGCCGCGGUACUGAAUACGGUCGGCACCCAACAGAUGCUGGACCUGUGCAUGAAGAUGUUACAUUUGCAGAGUGUCGUCCACGUCUCAACCGCAUAUAGUAACCCUAACAGGAAAGUGAUUGACGAAGUGGUAUACCCUCCCACGAUGGAUGCAAACUCCUUCAUACAAUGCAUCAACAUCCUGCCAGGGGAUGUUAUCAAUGCAUUAGCUGGGAAGCUGCAGGGAACUCACCCGAACACGUACACAUUGACGAAAUCAAUUGCAGAGCAGCUGGUAUCGGAGUAUAGCCGCAAGCUACCGAUUUGUAUUGUGCGGCCAUCCAUUGUGACCGGAGCGAUAAAGGAACCGUUUCCAGGGUGGAUCGACAAUGUUUACGGAAUAACGGGCAUAAUGAUGGAAAUUGGACGGGGUACUAUUAGCAGUAUAAUGUGCGACCAGAAAUGCGUGAUGGACGUCAUUCCGGUGGAUAUCGUGUGUAAUACGUUAAUAGCAGCUGCGUGGGAGAACGCUUCGAUCGUGUCCGACUCGAUACGGGUGUAUAACUGCACCUCCGGAUCAGUAAAUCCAAUCAAAUGGCACGAAUAUGGCGAUAUAACUGAAAAAUGGUCCGUCAAAAAUCCAACCAAAUACGUCAUGCUAUAUCCCGGCUUCCGGUUCCGUACCAACCGGAUUCUGCACAAGAUCGUGGAACUGUUUUUGCACUUUCUCCCUGCUUACCUGUUCGACAUAGUUAUGCGCGCCCAAGGGACCAAGCCCAUUAUGGCGAAAAUUGCCAAACGUUUCCAGAAAGCGGCUGACACGGGCGAGUUCUUCGCCAUGCACGAGUGGACCUUUCGCAUACCCAAUCUGACACGGUUGACGCACAAGGUACGCCACGCUCGGGAUGGCAAUGAAUUUUCUAUGGACAUGAGCGACAUGAGCUGGGAUAGCUACAUCGAAAAAUACAUGCUUGGAAUUCGAACCUUCGUGCUGAAGGACAGCUUGGACAGUAUGGAGAAGGCUAGGGCGAAGCUUUGGAAGUUGUACUGGAUUAAGCGUUUACUGCAAGUGAUCGUACUUUUUCUAUUUUAUCAUUUCUGCCUCAAAGCACUAAUCUUCUAGCGAGAUGUCAUUUGGCGAACUAAAACAUUAGUAAGGGAUUAUUAGAAAUAGUCAAAGGGGCUUUUAAGAAUUUUAAAGGGGAGAAAAAGUUCACGAAAUAUAACAAGUCCUUUUUUUUCAUUUCGUGUCUAUAUCGUUCUCCAGUUGGCUCAAUUCCAAAUUGUCCAUUGUUUUUUAACAAAGUUAAUUUUAAACUUAAUUUGAAUGCAAUGGAGUAAAAAACCGCAAAAGUGCUUAAAUUCUUUAUGAAACCCAUUUGGUUUUGCUUUGAAAUAAUAAAAUUGUGCUCUUCUACAUGUGUACCGUACCAACGUUUCAGACAAUCGAAAAACAUUGCAUUGUAAUACUGAUUGUAUAUUUUUAUAUUUAAUUAUAUAAUAAACAUUGAUUCAA